GUAAGGUCUUGUUGCGGUUUCUUCUUAUUGCAAGUACACAUUCUACUGCCCGGAUCAAAAGAUCGUUAAAAUGAUUAAACGAGGAGGACUUCAAGGUUUCGAAUUUCUGUCUCCGAAAAACAACUUCACUUUCUAUUUCUCCGGAAACACAACGUCAGUUUCUAUUUCCCCACUUUAGUUUCGAUUCCAGAAGUUUCCCAAUGAUAUAAAACCAUUGUCGGAUAAAGCGUCUCGCCACAGGAAGAGAGCAGUGUGACCUACUCUUCAUUUGGGACCAAAUGUCUACAAUAGCGCCCAGACUCAGCAAGCAGAAAGAAAAGCUUCUGCUAGAGCUGUUUCAAGACAAUGUGGAGUUCUGCUUGCUUUACAAAGGAAGCUUUCAUGGUUUCCGUGAAUCUGAAUUGAAAUCCAGAUGUGCCAAGCAAGGGCGCACUGUGAUCGUGGGGUACUUGGAGUCGGGUUUAAUCGUUGGGGGUUACACAAGUCAAAGUUUUAUAUCUCAAAGCAAAGCUAUAAAGGAUAAAGAGGCUUUUAUUUUCACAAUCGAUGAAACAAAGUCAAGCUGCUUUCCAGUCAAGAAGCCUGAAAAUGCUGUGAAUUUUUCCACUGGAUUUAAUUUUGGGGGUGCUUUCUUCUUUGGUAAUCCUAAAAAUUUCAACAUGAACUAUAUUGCUAUAUCCUCUAAUGAGAACUACGAAUCAGCAUUACCAGAAGGUCAACAUUCUCUCCAGGAUGUAGAGGUUUAUCGUGUUCAAGACGUUGGAGAUUUGCUGGACUCGCCUUGGAGGGAUGUUUCUUGGACAAAUAAGUUGUUUGAAAAGACGGACAUCACCUGGUAUAAGCCAUCCGUCGACUCUGUUUCCCAUGCCCGGGUUCUGCUGGUUGGUCCGGUUGGAGCAGGGAAGUCCAGUUUCAUCAGCUCAGUGAAUUCUGUAUUCUGCAAUAAAGUAUUCAACCUGGCGAUGGUUGGUACUGGGCCAGGAAGCUUCACCAAGAGGUUGAAGUCUUACAACAUCAGAGCAGAGAGAGGGGGUGAUGGGACUGCCCUGGUGUUCUGUGAUAUGAUGGGUCUGGGUGAGACGAAGAGCUCUGGAGUGAAAGUGAAAGACAUAAUGAGUGUCCUCAAAGGACAUGUGCAGGAUGGAUACCAGUUCAUUCCAUCACAGGCCAUUGAGCCUGGCGCCACAAAAUACAUUCAAAAGCCAGCGCUGAAAGAUAAAAUCCACUGCGUUGCGUUUGUUUUGGACGCGUGCAAGCUGGACAUUUACCAUAAACAUGUUGAAGAAACCUUCCAGGAACUCCGAUCAGAGAUCAGCGAUGUAGGCGUUCACCAGGUUGCGUUGCUGACCCACAUUGAUGAAGUCUGCCAUGCAGUCGGAGAAGAUGUUAAAUAUGUGUACAGAAGCAGGUUCAUCCAGCAGCAGAUUCAAAAGGCUGCGAAACUUCUUGGCAUGUCAGUUUCUUGCAUUGUCCCCGUGAAGAAUUAUUCUUCUGAGCUGGAGCUGAAUGACAACACUGACAUGCUGAUACUGAGUGCAGUAAAUCUAAUGCUGCUACACGCAGACGCUUUUUUGGAUGAACAUAAACUUAUCUAAGAGCAUAAGUGUGUGUAAAAAAGUACCAUGCCAAUAGAAGACAUGUUUUUAAAAAAACAAACUGAAAAUGUUUUUGUUAGCAGCUGAGCACAGCCGUUUGAGUAGUUUAUAAUUGUGUGUGCAAAAACAUGCGUCAUACAGCUUUAAAAAAAUGAUAUCAAUUGUACUUGCAAUCAAUAGUGAAAAUGACAUGGUGCAAUCCUGGUAUAUAGAACAAUAGGAGAUUCAUUGCUUGCUAAACUGCAACAGUAUCAUGAAUAUUAUCCACUGUACGCUUACUGUAACACUGUAUGUUAUUAACAUUUUCAUAUUAAAAUAAAAGAUGUUCAAUACACUUAAAGGUUAA